AUGGCUUCUGUAUGUGGUAUUCAGGAAACAACCCUGAUUAACCCAUCAAUUUACUUCCUUGCUGCUGUUUGGCAUUCUCACAGUGAACAUCUUUCCACCAUAGAAAAAGACACCAAUGGAGAUGCUUUGUGGGUUUGGUGUUAUCCAUCCGUAACAGCUGAACUGAGGAGUCUGUUGCUGCGAAAGUGCUGCCUCACAGAUGAAAAUAAAUUGCUUCAUACGUUUGUAUUUGGCCAGUAUAAAAGAUCGUGGUUUUACAUCACAACUGUGGAAGUUCAAGAUUCUCCAGCCUUGAAAAAGGUGACCCACUUCUCCAUUGUUCUGAUGGCCAAAGACUUCAACCCAGAGAAAUAUGCGGCCUUUACUAGGAUACUGUGUAGAAUCUACUUGAAGCAUGGAAGUCCAGUUAAAAUGAUGGAGAGUUACAUUGCAGUCCUUACAAAGGGGAUCUGCCAAAGCGAAGAGAAUGGAUCUUUCCUCAGCAAGGAUUUUGAUGCUCGGAAGGCUUAUCUUGCUGGUUCCAUCAAAGAUAUAGUUUCUCAGUUUGGAAUGGAAACGGUUAUCUUAUAUACGGCACUGAUGUUAAAGAAGAGAAUUGUAGUGUACCAUCCUAGAAUAGAAGCUAUCCAGGAGUUUACCAGGACUUUGCCUGCUUUAGUGUGGCAUCGACAAGACUGGUCAAUUCUUCAUUCAUAUGUCCAUCUAAAUGAGGAGGAAGUGGAAGCUUUAAAAGCCUGCACAGGUUACAUUGCUGGAUUUACAGAUUCUGAAGUGAACAGUAGACCAGACCUCUAUGAUGUGCAUGUGAAUUUGGCAGAUAGUGAGAUCACUAUUUCCCCUGUAGUAAAAGAGGCAAUGACAAUGGGAAAACUUCAUAAAGAAAUUGGACUACUAAUUGUUCAAUCUGCAGAAGAUCCAGAUAAAUCAGACAGCCAAGUCAUUAAGGAUAUUUCUCUGAAGACAAAAGAAAUCUUGGCUACUUUAGCCUCACUUACUGAAGUUUCCGAUGGCAAUGAAAAACCAACCCUUAACUCAGAGGCCCUGAAACAAAAGCGAUUUCCACCAGCUACAGAAAACUUUCUUUUUCAUUUAGCAGCUGCUGAACAAAUGCUCAAAAUCUGAUUUUGAUGCACCGCAGUGUUAUGGACCAACUCAGAAAUACUGUCUUUGCCAUACAGAUAGGUAUACUACUUGAUACUUUAUAUGGAAAAAUUAAAGGUAUAAGAGUGAAUGUCAUAUUUACCGUGAUAUAAUGAAGAAUAUUGGAGCUUGACUGGGAACAUAAUGGAGGCGUAUUUGGGAACAUUCCUGGUGUCAUUAUCUUUCCCCAACUAUAACUUUGUAUAUUAUGGCUCCUGUAUUUCAUAUCACAACAUGAGUGUAUAGACCCACGUGUCCUGGCUGUGCCAGACUUGGUUAUAACCUAGUGGCUGUUCGACCUGCAGGUUUGAGGUGUCGGACAUCUCUGUUCUUGCUCUGACUUGUCUUCCUGGGGUCUGGAACACGGGCAGUAGUGCAUGUGCUGUAAAACCAGCGUGGUUUGGAUGUGCUAGUCUCUGCACAGGGAUACACGGAACGUGCUGGUGGUCUGAGUGCUCAUUCUGGGCUUCAGGUAUGUCAGAUACUGCUCUUGCUCUAGACUGCCCCUGGGAAUCCCAAAUAAAUGGACAAGUUCUCUUAUUUCUACUUUAAAGUGUCCAGGUAUAAAAAAGGAUGUCUGGGAAAAUCUGAUGUGGUAGCCUUAGUGUAUAAAGGAAGAGGUAUUCUAAAGCUCAAGUGGGAGAUUUUGCAUCUCUUUUACACUCUUGCCUUAGAGGUUUUUUCCCUCUUUCACUCCAUCCCACGCCUCUGGUGGUGGGAAAAGAGGACUUUUGGAACUUCUUAGGGGGCUCACAGAGAAGUGCUGCUUUACAGCUGGAGUCAUUGAAGAAGAGGUUCUCUGCUGAGAAGAUACCUGGCCAUUCAUUCCUGAUCCAUUUGUCAGAAAAUCAGAUUAGGUAAAGCCAAAUGGACUAGAAAUGUUCAAAUGGCCAGGUACCACAGGUAGAGCAUCAACCUCUUAAACUGCUUUAGCUGUAACACAGGUACUAUCUGAUGGUGCUCUGUAUAGACUAAAUGUAGAUGGAAACUUUUGAAGUUACAGUGAAAACUGGGAAAUAGUUUAGAGAAAAUUAAAAUUUGCCUACUUGUUUGGUUGCAUAGCCAUAACUCCAGAGUUUUUUUUUUUUUUUUUUUUUCAUUGAGCAGCUUGAAACUAACUGCUUUGUAAUCUUCUGAAAAGAACUUAGAUUCUUUGUAGGGAAAUACUCUGAGCCAAAUGAUCUGUAUUUCUUCUGAAAUGUCCACAACAAAUCACUCAGUUCUGCAGUAGCACUUUGAUAUAAGAAAAAAUAACCUUUUUCCUGGCCUUUGUACAGAUAGACUGUGGCAUGUUGUUUUACAUAGAGAUUUUAUACUUAUGAUUAAAACUUUAGUAAUCAAUAUUUAUAUUGUUAAAUAAUUGGAUGUUUGCUAUUCUGAAACUGGUAGAGCUCAUCAAUAACUGCAAGCAAUAUUGGUUUGAAAAAGGGUUGUCCUUUUGUUAUGUUGCAUACAUUAAGGGAAUCUGUUUUAGAAUGUGGGUAAGGAAUAUGGCAUCUGUAUAAAAUGGCUAGUUAUUACAGUCAGUAAAUGAAACUGCUUCAGAAUAAUCCCCUAUUUUCAGGGGCAUGAAACUCUACCUUAAACACUUACUCUGCAGUUUAAAUUCUGAACACAGAAGUGUGUGCUCUUUUUUUUAACUUUGAGAAAAAUACUGCAAUUGCCUUCGUUUACCUGCAAGUGCUCUGCAGCUUUUUCUCACCAUUUGCCCAUUAAUGUUUUUCCUUAAUGGUUCUUUAGUAUUGCUGCUUCUGGUUUGGGACUUCUACAACAGUUGGAAUAGCACAACUGCAAAAUUACGCUGAAAAUUCCAUUCAGGACCUUCUUUAAAGUCCACUGAAAUGGAAGUCUUUAACCAAGAAAAACCUGACCAUGCUUUCUGUCAUCUGUUUUAACACCAUAUUGUAACUGAAGAAAUUCACAUAGCUUCUCAUAUUGACAAAAAGCUUUAAGGUAUAUUAUUAGGGUAGUAUGGGUGUUAGAGGCAACCACAAAAAGCAGAGAAGCUCAGUUACAAACUAAAUAUUGAAUGCUUACUUUGCUUUCUGUUUUGGAAAUGUUUAAGUUGAAAGUCUUGGCGUUGUGUUAGAUCUUGUAUUCAGAUGUUUGUGCGAAACAAAUGAAAUAUAAUUUUGCACUCAAGGAACUGGACUCAGCACGCUUGUGUCAUUAAAAAAAUCCUGAACAGUCUUCCCUUUAAUUUAUGUAAAUGUAUUCCUGAGUAGUUCUGACCACUGAAUCACAGGCCUCUGUACUGGGAUUAAGCUACAGUUCGAUGUUUAGGUCAGAAAUAUACUACUAUACAUUCAAACAGUUUUGUCAUAUGUGCUUUUUUUUUUUUUUGUCAGCACUGAGGAAGUUGUAUUAGCCUCCCUCAGCUUCAGUACUUUCAAGAGAUUAUCCUAAUGUUCUUGAAGUUUCAUAAUGACUGUUGACACUGUUUCCUCUCAAAAAGAUUUAGAAUAAAAUAGAAAAAUCUGGAGGGUCAGGACAGGGAAAGAUUUCGGCUUAUUUCUCACUUCCCUUUCCCCAGGAUGCAUGCAAGCAGACUGUGUGUGCAGUUGCUGGUUUUGCAAAGUCAGAUGACAUCCUUUCUUUUUCUUCCUAGAAGCAAAUACUGUGUAAAAUGAAAUUUUCAUUCAUGCCUUCUCA